GGUGCAGGAAGAGAUGCUAUGUGUGGUUGAUGGGAGAAGAUGGACUUUGUUGGGAGGGGACAGCAAGAUGGAGGGGAGAGAUGGUGCAAAUGAGGGGUAUGUGUUAUGUUGUUGGAGGAAGGUAUGUGCCAAAGGAGAGGCUUUGUGAGAGGGAGGAAUGAUAGUGGAGGAACAAUGUGAUCUGGAGGAGUUAUAUAGUCAUACAGCACAGAAACAGGUUAUUUGGCCUAUCACAUCAAUGUCAACUUUCUUUCCCAUCGACACAAAUCCCUUUCGGCAGCAUAUAUACCAUAUCCUUCAAUACCACGCUGAUUUAAUUGUCCAUAGAAAUGCUUCUUAAAAAUUGAAACUCUUCUUCAGACUGAUGGAGUAGAGGGGGGGGGGGUACGCUGGCAGAAAGAGGCGAGGGAAGGUUUGGGGUAGGUGCUGAGUGGAUCCAGGAGAGGAGGGGUUGUUAGCGGUCGGGUGGAGAAAGUAAACAGGAAAUGAUUAGUAGAAAAGGGUGCAAUCGGUUGCAUAUGAGGGAGAUAAUAAAUAGAUAAUGAAUAAAUAGGAGGAAGGGAAAGAGGGGAGUCCUGUGGGUGGGGAGGAGAAACCCAAACAAAUAGGUGUAGGUGGGAAGAAGAUGGCAGUUGGGUGAUAUGUGUGUGUGGGGGGGGAGAGAAGAAACCCAAACAAAAAGGUCUAGGUGGGAGAAAAUGGAAGCUGGGUGAAGUGUGAGUGGGUUUAGGCGCCGCCUCUGCUGUGCGGAACUGUUCUUCAGGUCGAUGCGGCAAGCCGGACUAGUGGCCGGCCGGACCGGUUGCUAUGGAGAUGGUGGGCCUAUGUUGCCUGUUGGCUCUGAGUUUACUUUAUUCUCUCUGGAUCCGCUACAUUUACCGGCAGAAGCGCAGCCGUAGCCGCGUGGAGCCAGGCCCGGGCACCUCGGCGCUGCUGGUCAUCGCUCACCCGGACGACGAAUGCAUGUUCUUCGCGCCGGCCUUGCUGCGCCUGGGGGGCCGCCGCCUGCCCGUGCGCCUGCUCUGCCUCUCCACAGGGAACUUCUACAAUCAAGGAGAGGUUCGUAAGAAGGAACUGGUGCAGAGCUGUGCUGUCCUUGGGAUCCCUUCUUCCUACGUAACCAUCUUGGAUCACAGAGAUCUUCCAGACCAUCCCAGAGUACGAUGGGACCCAGAGCUUAUUGCUCUGCUUAUCCUCGACUACAUGACAAUGCAUCAUAUCAACCUGGUAAUGACGUUUGAUAAAAAUGGAGUGAGUGGUCAUGCCAACCAUGCUGCUGUUUACUAUGCUGUCAGGAAACUUUGGUCAGAAAGGAAACUGCCCAAUGACUGCCAGGCUCUUGUACUUGAAUCUACAAAUGUUCUCCGGAAGUAUAUCUCCAUCUUGGAUCUUCCAAUUAGCUGGCUGAGGCCCCACCACGUAAUGUAUAUAUUGCAAAAUCAGGAGUAUCAACAGGCCAAGGCAGCAAUGUACUGUCAUCAGAGCCAGCUGCUGUGGUUCCGGCACCUCUACCUGUACCUCUCUCGUUACAUGGUUAUAAACACUUUCCACCUACUGUCUGACUGAGGAUCCAUUCAUUCUUCCAACUGCAGACAUCGCAUUUUCAAGGAUAACAUUUUCUCAAAAUCUGGUUAAAGAAAUUGUUAAAAUAUACAAAUAACCUUUUGAUGGAAUUACGUAAAAAAUAGAAGAUGACAACAGAGAAUUGAGCAGCAACAUCUGCAGUUGUGUUCUUCAUUCUGCACGGUGGCGCAGCGGUAGAGUUGCUGCCUUGUGGCGCCAGAGACCCGGGUUCAAUACUGACUACGGGUGCUGUCUGUACGGAGUUUGUAUGUUUUCCCCGUGACCGCGUGGGUUUUCUCCGAGUGUUCCCACACUCGAAAGGCAUACAUGUUUGUAGGUAAAUUGGCUUUUUUUUAAUAUAUAUUAUUGGAAGCAAUUGUACAAAAGGCGUGACAAUUUUACAGCUCUGGCACAGCUCCAAUUUUAACAUUUUUCACACAGAACAUUAAAUUAAAAAGAGAAGAAAGAGAAAAAGGAAAGAAAGAAGAAAAAAGAGGAGAUAUAUCUGUCGACCCACCCAUGCGCCCGCUCACCCAGCCCUACAAUCAGUUUCGAAUUUGUGUUCAACCAUUAUGUUGCUCAAGAAAUUCAAUAAAAGGAGACCAUAUUUUUAAAAA